AUGAACAAGGUCGCCUUGGCCCUCAGCAAAACGUCCUUUGCAGUCACGAUGUUGCGCAUUGCGUCUGGGAAACUUAAGGUUUUCAUUUGGUUCCUGAUCUUAUCCAUGAACGCAGUCUUGGCAACUAGCGCUGUUGUCGCAUGGAAAGCGGCCUGCGACAGACCGUCGGACUCUUAUGAAGCUGUUUUACCUGGAUCCUGCUGGCGAGUGGAGGAUUCGGUCAUUAUGCACAUGGUAUCGAAUGCAUACUCAGCACUGGUUGACUUCAUCUUGUCUUUGCUCCCAUGGCCGAUGAUAUGGAAACUAGCCCUGAAGCGCCAUGAAAAGAUCGGUGUUGCUGUAGCUAUGAGCCUCGGGGUCAUUGCAGGGUUAGUCGGGGUCAUCAAGGUCAUCAAGAUAGUGACUAUUGCCGAAGGCGCAGAUAUACCCUAUCGCCUUUCUCUGCUCUUUAUAUGGGGACAAGCCGAGAUCAACGUCACAAUCGUUGCGUCAUCUAUCCCCGUUCUACGAGUACUUUUCACGGAGAUGUAUGCAACGACGAGAUCGGAUGAGAGAAAUGGAUACUUGAAGUCGGAUGGACAGAGUGCCUUCCCAACAGAGAUUGGCAUGAACACUCUAGAGGAGGGAAGGAAGAUAGAAGAAGAGACGAACCGGAAUGUUUUGCUUGCCAUGGGGCCAUCGACGACUCCCAACUCCGCCAUGAGAGCUCGCGAGACUGAGAUUGGAUACAACGCAAUGGAUGAGAUUACGCAGGGGACACAGAGACACACAUUGAGAAACUCUGAAAGCUACGAGGGAAUUGAGCUAGCGAGAGCCCUGAGGUGA